AGAGGAGCAGUGCAUACAAAGGGCAUAAAGGGGGACGGUACAAAGCGACGAAGAAGGCGAGGCUGCCAUAUCGCAGCGAAAAUGGCAGCAUCGGGAGAAUGACCCUUGAGAGACCGGAGCGGGCGAAGCUAAGCUAGUCGGGCAAGCGCUCACAGUAACACCAUGGUCUAGCCAAGGCAUCAGCAGCAUAGACCAGUAGUGAUUACCUAGUGUCACACUCAAUGACCCUCGUGUUCCCCGAUUGUGUGACCAUUGACCUGUUUCAUAGCCCCCUCGAGGAGCUUGUUGAAGGUCGCCUCGACGAUGGUCUGCAGAGGCAACCAUCACUCCUGACUCGUCACUCAGUAUUCGGCCAUGAUGAGAUCGAGGGCGCUACAACCACGAUCUCUGUUUCGCAUUGCGGGAGGAGCAGCAGCAGCAGCGCCGGCAACCGUUGCCGGUUCCUCUCCAUCGUCGUCAAGGGCCGCCCAACCGCCGACGACUCAUCGUCGAUCGAGCAGCACCAGCGCAGCAUCCCCUUCUACCGCUACUCGCUCACGACAUCGCUCCCGAUCAGCAACGCCCUCAAGUUCUCAGGCCUCUCCCUCCACGAUGCAGUCGUCCCUGUUCGCCCGCCACCUCACUCUCAGAUCUCCGUCGGCCUUCAGGCCUUCUUUUCCCAAGGCAGGCCUCUCCUGGAGCACAACAACAUCUUCGACAAAUCACACGCAUUCGGUGGAUCGACCGACGCCUCGCACUUUGAUGCAGCAUCCACGAUGGCCGCCAAUGCCAAUGCAAUGGUCGUCGUCCUACCCGAGAGUCCUGACAACAAGAUGGCCGCCGGCAGGAGCAUUGAUGCAGAGAUCAAGCGCAAGGCUACCGCCCUCGUCGAGAGGAUGAUGGAGAUGCGCGAAAAACUCGAAGCGGCUUCACCCGAAGCGAGGGGAGCCAUGUUCAAGGACAUGACUGGAGGCGCAUCCCUGACUCCCGUUGACGCAAACGCAGACAUGACCGCAGAGCAGAAGCUCCUCUCCAGUCUCCUGGCCUCACCAUCAAAGGACGACAAUAGCUCAUCCCGCGUCAAGUUUCUCAGCUUCUCCCUUCAUCUUCCACCUCUGCGUUCCAUAUCUUCCUCGUCCUUCGACAGCAUCCUCUCACCAUCAGCAGGAAAGCCAAAGGCAAAGACACCCCUCUCAUUGCACGUCUCCAUUGCACAAGAGCAAGCAUGGCAAGCAGAGAAGGCUCGUGCCGUUUCGUCUGCUCUGGAGAGAGGAGAGGACACGACUGUCGCGGAGUCCCUUGGCCCUGAGGCAGACCUCGUCGUCGUCGGAGAGCCAGAGGGAGCUCGCGCCGAAUGGGGUCGAGGUGUUGCCUCGUACCUUGCUAGGUUCGGCAACGCGUACCAAGCCCCACCAGCGCCUGUGGCUUCUGAAGCGGCAGCAAAUGUCAAGGGCCUCGACGAUGUAACCAGCUACCAAGUGCGCAGCGACGAGCGCUCAUCCCUCGAGGAGGAGGAGGACCUCGACGUCGAAGCUUUAGAAGCCUCAUCACCAGCUUCGUCACCUGUCUGGCCCCUUUCACACGGCUCGCUCGAAGACGUCAACCUCUGGUUGGGCCAUGCCCUCGUUCAGGAUCAGACGCGCGCCGCCCUCGAAUGGACCCGCGUUCUUGCCCAGAUGGACGCGAGCGUCAAUGGAGGCCGUACGGCUCGCCUCCCCUCUAUGCGCGAGGGCCUGAUGAAUUUGAGAUCCUUGCGCGCUUUCCCGGCCGGGAGCGAAGUUAGAAGUCGCGGUCUCGAAACCAUCGCUGUCCGACCGACGCAGAAUAUGACCAUUGAGGAUACGAAGACGGUUGGGGAGCAAGGAGAGGAUGUCGUGGUGCAGAUGGACAGUACGAGGAGGAAGAGGCUCAAGAAGAUGAACAAAAUGAAGUACAAGAAGUUGAGGAAGAGGCAGAGGGCUGAGAGGCAGAGGCUGAAGAAGUAGUAAGGCGAGGGAAUGGAGGAGAUAUACAUGCUGGAGGUGGGGAUUGAUGAUCAAUCAACUAUCUUACUGAGAGCUUC